CGAUCGUUCAAGUAGUCUAGUAGUUCGCCGCAGAUCAAGAAUUUAAAGCUCUAGAUAUAACAAUUUCAAUAAGCGAUAUGGUUUUAUAUUACUGCUAAAACAGCUGAAGAUUCAAGCAAACAUGAUUCAUGACCUUCAUUGUUCAAGAAAGAGGUGUUAAGAUUGAAAUCAAGCACAUGAUUCAGUGGAUCAGAUUCUUUCUAUUGUUGAUGAGAUUCUCAUUUUCACGAUGUUGACAGACGAAUUUCACACGAUAAUUUACUUCAUAAUCAGUCAUUACCCGCGAUAUUCUUACGAUAAUAGUUAUCGACUAGUUAGUUAUCAAGCGACCAAGUCAUUCAAGUAGUCUAGUAGUACGUGGCAUAGCAAGAAUCAAAAGCUCUAGAUAUAACACUGACAUAAUCAAAUACUCUUUAAUUAUCACAUUUAAUAAGUCUAUCUAUACAAAUUAUGAUUAUAAUAAUAAAGUUCAUUACUCAUUUAUAUUUAUAACAACUUUUAUCUUAAUUACAUAAAAAGUUUCUUUAUUAUUCCUUAUUUAUUUAUGUCCUACACAUCACACACUCUUAGAUUGUAAGACAGACAAACAACUAAAAUAUGAUUGGUUAAUUUUGAAGAAUAAUUAAAAUGUGCAUUACCAUGGUAUAAUUCAAUGUGUACAACAAAUUUUAUUCAGUAGAACUAACAACAGAAAUAAUAAUAAAAAAUCAAAUUAAUUCAAAGUAAUUUCUAUUUCUAAACUUAUUGAAUGAAUGGAUGGAUGGAUGAAUAACCGAUGGUUAUUUGAUGUAUCACAUAUUUAGGUUGUAUAUAUUUUUAUAGUUAACGAGUGGCAAUUAUAAAAGAAAAAUGAAUUUUGUAUUAUGGACAUAAACUUGUCAACAUGGUAAUAAUGAUUGUCUAUUGUCGAAAUCAUAGUACAUAUAUUGAAUAGACACAUAUUUUUUAAAAAUAAUAAGAAUAGCAAUACUAUACUACUAUCUCAAGUAGUAUAUUCAGCAAUACAUGUGAAUUAAACAGUUUGAACAGUUAACUUAUACAUAUACACAUAGAAUAUUCAUAAUGAUCAAUGGAUUACUUCAAAUGAAAUAUAAAUAUGAAUAUACAAUGAAAGUUAAACAUCAAUUACCAUGACAACUACUGUAAAUAUUAUUAUUAAUAAUAAUUUGUACAUUACAAAUUCUAUUUGAUUUUGAUCUAUAUGGGAUUUUUCCUUGGAUGAUCAUUAUUGAAAUCAAUAAAAAGUACCAUAAGAAAAAUGGAUUUUGAUUACUAUAUGUCAUAUAUUACCAUUGUCUUUCAAUUUCUUAUAUUAAAUCAUUUUAAACAUGUGAAUGGACAGUAUACUAUAGAAUAUUUUAUCACUGAGGAAUGUCCAUCAAAUACAUUAGUGGGAAAUUUAAAUAAUAUACCAUAUAAUUCAAUGAGUCAAUCACAUGCAUUUAGUACUUUUCAACUUUUAUCAAAUAAUGUAAAUUUUUAUUUAAAUGAAUCAACUGGAUUAUUAUAUACACGUGGUCGAAUUGAUCGUGAAACUAUUUGUUCUGAUAAUAAUAUACUUCCUCAUUCAUCAAAUGACUUUAGAAUGAAAGAGGUUGAUCAACUUUUAAUCAACGAACCGAAUUCUCUUAACACAGGAUAUAUUACUAAAUCAAGUUGUGAAAUAUUAUUACAAGCCUUACAAUUUAUUCAUGAUUCACAUUCACGUGAAAAUAAUGAACAACAACAUAGAGUGAUAUUGAUAAAAAUAUAUAUAUUUGAUAUAAACGAUAAUACACCAUCAUGGCAAGAGAAUAUUAUACAAAUUAGUGUACCAGAACAUACUUCAAUCGGUACUAGAAUACCUUUACCAACAGCUAAUGAUCCAGAUUGUGGACCUAUUAAUACAACUGUAAAUUAUUCAUUACUUGAUGAGGAUGAAAAGUUUCAGUCUUCCGCCAUAAAUUCAGAAAAAACAUCUUUAAUGCAAAAUAUUUUCCAUUUAGAUGCAGAGCUUAUAUCAAAUCCAGAUAUGAAUUUAAACACUGUAUGGAAUUAUCAAGCAAUAAAUUGUAAACCACGGAUUUUUCGUUUAUGGCUUCGGAUUACACAAGAUUUAGAUUGUGAUGAUGACGAUAUAGAUGAAACUGAUAGUUUGACUUCAUCAAAAUUAUAUCACUCUGAAAGUGUGAAAAUAAAACAAGCAAAGUUAACUUUAAUUGCUGUGGAUGGUGGUCAACCGGUUAGUUUAACAGGUACUGUAACAAUAAAUAUAACGGUUACAGAUAUUAAUGAUCAUGCUCCUGAAUUUAUCGACUCUGAUCGAUAUCACCCUAAAACUACAAGUGAAUCAACUUCAGUUCACUUAUCACCUGUCUACUCAGAAAAUGGAGAGUUAUAUAUACAAAUUCCUGAAAAUACUCCAGCUGGACGAGUUAUAUAUAAAGCACAAGCGGCUGAUCGCGAUGAAUCAGACAAGAAAAAGCUUAAAUACGCACUAGGAACAUCAGCUGGUCUAGAUGUUAGGGAUACAUUUAGAAUAGAUUCAAAAUCAGGUGAAGUGAUUCUUUUACGUUCACCGGAUUAUGAGCAACACAGAAUACACAUUUUACCAAUCACAGUAACUGAUGGUAAACACUUGAUAACACAAAAGUUGACUGUACGAAUUCAAAACAUAAAUGAUCACCCUCCUAUGAUUUCAGUUCGUCCAGUUACUAAACAGAAACCAAGUAAUUUUUCUCCAAGUUUACCAAUACGUCCCGGAGUUCCAAACUUUAUUAAUAGUCGAACGAUUCUACUAUAUGUAACUGAACAUGAACCACCAGGUCAGUUAAUAGGAACUGUAACAGUGACUGAUUCUGAUGAAAUUGCUGACCCGGUUAUUGCUAAAUCAGAUAGUUUGAUUGAGAAUAAUGCCCCAGCCGUGAAUUAUCAAUAUCAAACAAUUGAUCCAGAUACACAUCUAAGCAUUAAUUGUCAGUUGAAUCAUAACGGUUUAGUGUUGGAACCUUUGUUUAAAGGUGCUAAAAACCAGUUUAAACUUCUUACCUAUGCUAGCUUCGACAGAGAACAACAAACAGAUCAGUUUGCUACCCUAACAUGUUAUGAUUAUGGCCAACCACCAUUAUCUUCACAAGUUGGUUUACGUCUUAUUAUUGAAGAUAUUAAUGAUCAUGGUCCUCAGUUUAAACAAAGUAAAAUGAUUGCUCAUAUUAAAGAAAAUAGUCCAUCAGGAACAAAAAUUUAUAAAAUUGAUGCACAUGAUCCAGAUAUCGGUCCAAAUGCUUUAUUAGGUUAUCGUUUAGAUGGACAACACAUGGAUAAUUUUAUGAUUGAUGAAAAAACAGGUACAGUAACUAGUUUACGACCAUUUGACAGAGAACAGAUAGAUCAUUUUAAUUUAUCUGUAAUUGUGUAUGAUCAAUCUGACUGGAUUACACUAAAUAAUUAUAAUAAUGAUAAUAUUACAUCGAUAACAGAUAUAACUGUAAAAACAAAUACAAUGGAACUGUUCAAUCAUAAAGCACCAAAACAGCAUAUUGUACAUGGAAAUCUUCAUGUUUUCAUUGAUGAUGUAAAUGACUGUGUACCAACAUUUGAUAAUUCGUUAUAUCAAUUAAGUGUAUCUGAGGAUGCUAAAAUUAAUCAUUUAAUUGGACAAAUUGAAGCAAAUGACAGUGAUGCAACCGAAAUUAAUAAUCAAAUACAUUACCUUAUUAAACCACAAAUAGAAGGUCAAGUAAUUCAUGAAUUUCGUGUAUCAAGUAAAGGUUAUAUUUAUGUGGCACGUGGUAAUUUGGAUAGAGAAAAAAUACCAGCUUAUAAUUUUUACUUGGUUGCUAUGGAUUCUGGACUCCCUACAUUAUCCUCUUCUACACAGGUUCAUAUACAUUUGAUCGAUGUUAAUGAUAAUUCACCACAAUGGAUAUUUCCAGCGCAUAAUCAUCAGAUUAUAAAUUUAACCGUUAAUGAACCAGUUGGUUAUCGUGUUGCUCAAUUAAUUGCUGAAGAUUUAGAUGAAAAUGAAAAUGGUGAAGUUAUUUAUCGACUUGUUCAAACUAGUUUUAUGUCUAAUAUGCCGAAUAUAGUAGAUAGAACAAUAAUGACCAGUCCAUCAACACGUUUAGAUAAUACUAUUAAUAGUAAUGUACAAAUUGUCCCCAAAACAGACAUGAGAUAUAUACCAUCACAUAAUGUCGGUAAUUUGUUUGAACUGGAUUCCAUAAGUGGUGCCAUUUAUGUUGGUCGAUCAAUGAGCAUAGAUGAUGUUGGAUCGAUUAAAUUAGUAUUAGAAGCAAGUGAUCGUGGUCAUCCAGCCAAAGUUAAUCAUAGAGUUUUACAGAUUGAUAUUUUUCGUUAUUUAUCACAAACAAGUGCCUAUUUAUUGAGUGAAAAUGACGGUGACACUGUUGGAGUUAGCGAACAUGAUAGACAGAAAAGCACAGUUGUCGGACACGGAGCCUAUUUGGAAAAUGAUCUAAUUGUAAUUGUAAUUAUGGUCGCUGUAACAUUGAUAAUAUCGUUAAUACUCAUAUUAGCAAUUUUAUUUCUACGCUGUGGUGCAUGUGCUCAACGAAAUACAACACAAUGUGAACAAAACAAUCCAAGAUUUUAUAGACAGGGCCUUAAUCAUACACAUCAUCUUGAAGAAGUUUUUAGAGAUUCUGGAAUGCUUGAGGUAGAUGGUUUGCUUUCACCAGGAGCUGAACAUUUAUUGAGUGAAGGAGGUUUAAAUACUUUUCCUCCACCAAAUCAUCUUCAUCACCCGUCUCAAUCUACAGAUUCGGAAAAAAUGAUAAGAAGCUUUUUAUCAAAUGCAGAGAAAAAUCAGUGGAUGAUGGCUGCAGUGGAUCCCAAAAAGCCUGAUACUUUACGAUCCCAUAAGCUAUUCAACUCAACACAUCCAUUUCAUCCUUCACCUACAAAAUUAAAUGACUUAUCUAAUUUGAAACGAGCCAGUCAGACGGGAACAAUCUGUCGUUUAAAACCUGUUGAAGAACGCUUUCUUGACACUGGAUCGACUAAAAAUUCUCCUGAUCAUGAAUUGAAAUUGUUGAUGGGAGCAUGUCCAACCCUCAGGCAACAAAAUCAAACUUGUUCAACUUUUAAAGCAGGUUCUUCACAAAUUUCAGACCUUCGUAUUAAUUCACCAUCGUAUAGAGAUCCUGGUUCUAUAAGAAAUUUAACUUCACCCAACGAAAUAACAGAAGAUAUAGAAAGUAUGGAUAGUGGUCAUGGAUGUAGUACAGAUACAGGAAUGAUAGAAAAUCAUUUUCCUAAUUCAAGACCUCAAAGUUCACUCAAUACUUUUCGUGUUAACAAUGCAACAUUUCGUCAAAUAGUUUGCAGUGUUACUUCAAUUCAUCAAAGUGAUCAUAUAGAAAUUUGGUCAGGAAAAUUUAAUCAUAGCACAAAACUAAACAACACAACACUGACUACUCCUUAUUGACUGAUAACUUUGGAUAUCUUAAUGUUGCAAACGUUCAGACAUGGACAGAACAGUCCGACUGUUACCUUUCUUACUGUGACAUACAGUAAUAAUGGUUUGUGCCUUAUGAAGAGAAUAAAAGUAUGUCACGCUAGCCAUAGUCAAAUAACGAAAAAUCUAGGUUCAUGGUUUCAUAUAGAUUAUUUCAGACAAUUAAACACCAAUGAAAUUAACGUAACUAUUAAUGAAUUUUACAAAAUAAAUCGUUUUGAGUGUUUGAUUUGUUAAAACACUGUACUUCCCAUUAGCCAAAUUCAUGCGCUACUCAUAUGGUUUCAUCAAAAUUACCGAAACGAAGGAUAUUCUUCCAUUUAACUGAAAAUUAAUGAAACCGUUCUUAUAUAGCUCAAGAGAUAACCAAAUCUUUAUUAUGUCAUAAUAUGAUAUUCAAAAAAGAUCUGUCGUCAGAGUGAUCGACAAACAAUAUCGCCAUAUACAUACUGUUAUAUCUAGAGCCUUGAUUCUUAAUAUGCCGCGUACUACUAGACUACUUGAACGAUAGAACCCGAAACGUCGCAAAAGAGAAGACAAAGACUAGUAAGUAGGAAGUUUCUUCCCCAAAUCAGUGUCAAAAUAUAGUACAGAAAUCUCGUGUAUUUAUAGUUUUUUGGCCGAAUGUAAAUCAUCAUUUCGGUCAACCAAUAGGCACAUAGGGGUCAUUCUAAUCCAUCCAAUGGGGAAGCUAC